AAGGCUCGAAAUUGUUCAAAGGUUAAGGAAAAUAAAAUAUUAAGCUUCAGAUUGAGUUUAUUUAACAAUUAGUUCACAUUCACAAUCAUAUACCAGAAUUUUUAAAGUUAUUUUACGUUUCAAUUGUAUUCCAGCAAUCUGUCAAAGUUUAUCAGCACUAUAUUCCACUGAAAGAGGUAAAAAAAAAAUGGGUCCAAGAUGGAAUUUUGAAACAUACGUAUACUUAUACUGAUUCGGAUUCUGAGAUUCCAAAUACAUCACUACAUACAAAAAAUCAAUAAGAUAAGAUAAACUCUGAAGAAUGAAUAAGUUGUACAUCUAAAAAUAUUAGGUGCAUAAGAAAGAAAAUCGACAAUAUAAUACUCCUCGAUACGAGAAUCACGAACAAAAGAUAGCGUAGAUAAUUAUAAGGCAACAAAGAAAGAGAAGAUUGGCGGAAUUUUGUGCCUAGGUAGUUGUUCACACAAUGGAAUCAAAUCAAUGACAUGGGGAUCAUGUGGCUGCAAAAGAUCUAUUAAACUAACCUACAAAACAAAUCCAUUGUUAGCUAAUCAUAUCUCACAUUUAUUUCCACAAUACAUAAUAAAAACAACACUCAUUUCCCAUUUUGCUCCUCGUUUCCAGGAGCUCGUCGCCAUUAAUGUCUAUAUAAGCUAAAGCACCAACAGUAAUGGAAGCUCAUCCCCUAAAAGACCAAACCCCAGUCGAGUGCAGAAAGCCAAAAAAAAGAGUUGCAGAAAACAUGGCUGGUAGUAUCGAUGAAGAAAGCCAGUGCUGCUGCAACAACAACAACAAUGGAGUCCUGCCAUUUUCCUCCACACCAAUGCAAGUCUCCUUUUACUUCACUUAACUUGCUUUUUUUUCCAUUUUUGCCUUCUUCUCUCUAGAAUCAAUCUAAACGAGUUCUCUCUGCCGUGUAAUUUGCAGGCCGCUACUGAAAUCAGAGAAAGAGGAGAAGAAGCAGCUUGAUCAAGCCAUGUCACUCCAGUCCUUUCUUGGGCUGCAAGAUCUCUUCUCGCAAAAUGUACGAAAUUGUGGUUUGGUUAACUUGAAUUGUUUUGAGAGUUUAGAUGGACGGUUAUAAUAGAAUGCACGUAUUCGUUAAAAUAACUAUAUACGCAAUUGGAUUAGCUACGUGCUAUAAUAUCCUUUUUAGUGAUCACAUAACACGUUGUUCCUUCCUAGUGAUGGCAAUGGGGCGGGGCGGGUACCUCAAUUUCCAUGCCCCGUCCCACGCUACUACGGGGCGGGGCGGGUAAAACUCGUGCGGGUACGGGGCGGGGCGGGUCGAUCCAGUCUUACAUGUUAUUCGAAAAAACAAGUAAAUUUUACUUUUUACGAUAAAACGAAGGGUAAAACACUUUAAGAAUGAAAAAUAGUGAUAAUAGAAUGGGUAAUUGAGUCUAACAAGUUGAAAGAGCGACCCUAACUAGUUGAAGAAAAGUCAAAAUAGGAGAAAUAUGUAUAGAAAUGGUAAGAAAUUGAGAUAAAAUGAGUCUAGAACGGAGCGGGGCAGGACGGGUCGAAAGUAGAUACCCAUGCCCCGCCCCAUCCCGAAUCAGAUCGGGUAAUACCCACGAAGCGGGUUGAAAUUGUCAUCCCUAUUCCUUCCGUCUAUAACCAACAUUUUUUUUUAACUGAUUUAGAUUUGGAGGGCAGCGGUGGCAGAGCUCAUCGGAACGGCGGCGUUUGUCUUCUGCAUCGACGUCAUCGUGAUUUCAUCUCUUGAAUCACAAGCCACCAUGCCGAACCUCGUCCUCGCCUGCCUCAUCGCCGUCAUCGUCCCGAUCCUCGUCAUCGCCACGUUCCCGAUCUCCGGCGGCCACGUCAACCCGCUCGUCACGUUCUGCGCCUUCCUAUUGGGCCUGGUCUCGCUCUCCAAGGCCCUGAUCUACAUUCUGGCCCAAUGCCUGGGGGCCAUUCUGGGCGCUCUGGCCCUCAAGGCCGUGGUCAGCAGCGCGAUCGAGAGCAAAUUCUCGCUGGGUGGGUGCACGGUCACUGUCGUCGCGCCUGGGCCCAAUGGGCCGAUUAUCACUGGGCUUGGGACUGGCCAGGCCCUCUGGCUGGAGAUCAUUUGUGGGUUUGUUUUCUUGUUUGCUUCGGUGUGGAUGGCUUUCGACGGGCGGCAGGUUAGGGCUUUGGGCCGGGUGACGGUGUGUGUGAUUAUUGGGAUCGUUUUGGGGGUGCUGGUUUUCGCUUCGACGACGGUGACGGCGGCGAGAGGGUACGGCGGGGCUGGGUUUAAUCCGGCGAGGUGUUUGGGCCCGGCGGUUGUGAGAGGUGGGCAUUUAUGGGAUGGGCAUUGGGUGUUUUGGGUUGGGCCGGGGGUUGCUUCGGUGGCGUUUGUUUUGUACGUCAAGGUCAUUCCCCGGGAGCAUUUCCAUGAAAUAGAGCGAGUGAGCAAGUGAGGGAAAGACAGAGAGACAAGCAAAUCGAGGUUGAAAAUUUGUUUACUUUAAAAUUAAUGUAUUUUUUCUUAUGGUAAGUCACAAAUGGAAAGUGAGAGAAUCUUGUUUAUAUUUUAUAUAUGUAAGAUGUAUUUUGGAAAUUAUUGUUGGAUUCCUUUCAUUUGUGAAAUAAUUUCUACAGGUGAAAAAUACAGGUAGGGAUGGCAAAUUACCCAUCCAUGGGUAAUUAUACCCAAACCCAAGUAGACUCAUUGAUAAUGGGUUGGGUAUGGGUGAAGUGCAUAUGGAUUUGGGGGUUUAUAGAUGGGUUUGGGUAAGGUAUGAAUAUUGCUUCCAUAAUCUAAAUGGGUAUGGGUUGGAUAUGGAUAUCCAUUUACUUGAGGGUGUUUUAACUACACAUGCAAAAAUUGGCCCUAUUUGUAAAACUUGAAACGUUUAGGUACCAAAAUAUAAGACCAAAAAAAUUUAGGUACCAACCCAAAUUCAUUUGAUAUAAACUCAACUCAACCCAAAGUAAAUGGGUAUGGGUACAAACCCAUUAAACUCUACCCAUAUCCAUCUAUUUGGAUUUCAUACCCAAUUGGGUUGGAUAGUAAGAAACCCAUGGGUAUGGGCAAAGUUGUCAUCCCUAAAUACAGGCGUGAUUAGGAGUGGCCAACGAUUCGGUUUGCACUUGACACAGAGAAUUGUACCGAAUUGAUAUUUGGGCUGAAUCGGAUCAGAUCGAAUAUAUUUCGAUUCGAUUUUGAUCUUAUGAAUUAUUUUUAAGUAUGAAAAAAAAUAUCGAAAUUGAAUUAGGACAAGACCAAAUCGAACUAAAUGAACCAACCGUGCUUUUUGGUCCGGUAAUGGUCCUCGUUUUUUUCUUUACUCUUUGUCUUGUCCUAUCUCAAUUUGAUCUAGUUCUGGAGUGAAUCGAUCGAUACCCACCCUUGGAGGUGAUACAUUAGAGAGAUUUUCAAAAUACUUCCUACUUUCUAAAAUAUUUGAAUUGGAUGAACUAUUUUUCAUUGCACUCUCGUCGAAAUGUCGUGAUAAAAUUCGAUUGCGUUUAUUCAAAUUUCAUGUAUCGAAGUCUUGCUUUUCAAUCAAUUGUCAGAUAAGAAAUUUGUUGGUUAUCGCAUUUAUUAUCAAACUCAUCACGACCAUAAAUUUGAACCACCUUCUCCAAUAAUCACGAUGAUGAAUCGCUCAAAUGGCCGGUUGUGGUUUUUGCUCAUUUCACCCCCAUAACUUUGGCCUUCAUAAAUGUUGAAUGGGAGAAGUCAUUGUGAGAGUAGUACUAUUAAUUGUGUAUUAUAUAAAGUCCGUAUUGAAAUUGUUUGAUAUCAAAUCUAAUAAUUAUUAACUCAAAUUAUGUCUGCUAAUGAUACUUGGUGAAUGGGACGUGUCACUUCAUUCGUAGACAUAUUAAGCCAUAGGUGAAGAAAUUUGACUUAUUGCCAGAAUAGAGUGGGCCUGCUCUCUCCCUUGGGCCCAAUGAAGCAAUCAUCAUUUACUUUAUCUGUCGGGCCAACAAUCAGCCCCCUCCUCUGGCCCGCGCUGUAAAGUUGUGAGCUAUGAACUUGUAUUUUAUCACUAAUUGAUCUCAUGUUUAUAUAAGAUGUUGGUAUAAUAUAAUUUAGUUCAUAGUUUUUAACUAAUUCAUAUUAUUUAGUAACUAAACAUUAUAUAAUACG